GCCGGGUCGCUGAGGGAGGCGGCCUGCGGCAGUGGGUAGCUCACCGGGCUGGAGCUUUGCUGCUUGUCUACUUUUUGGAAGACUCAAUCUGUUUGUCAAGCAGGCUGAUCCUUCUCUGUUGCUUUACUGAUGCCAGGUAGCAAAAACUAGUCGCCGGCUUCCAUACCCGUUGGGAUGUGUAAUUAAGCAUGCUGCUUCACCACAAAAGAUGAACUUUAAGGCCUUUUCAGACACAGAGCAGUCAACCCAACUGCUGCAGUAGAGGGAGAUAUGUGCCACCAUGGCUAGAAGAGGGAUUUAACCCUUGCAGAAAGAAGAAGUGUCAGCCUAGGAAGCAGCAGUAGUCCUGCAUUGGCUCCUCCCAGGUAACUUCAAAUAGGCAUUGCCAAUGGAUGAGCUGGUGCACGACUUGGCCUCAGCUUUAGAGCAGACUUCAGAGCAAAACAAACUGGAUGAGCUAUGGGAAGAGAUGGCGCUAAGCCCACGGCAGCAGCGGCGUCAGCUUCGCAAGAGACGGGGUCGUAAACGACGCUCAGACUUCACCCACCAGGCAGAACAUGCCUGCUGCUACAGCGAGGCCUCAGAGUCGAGCUUGGACGAAGCUGUCAAGGAUUGCCGUGAGGUGCUGACAGCUAAUUUCAGUGACUCUGAUGACAUGGCGGUGGUCAAACGGCAUCCAGCUCUUAGUGCCACCCUGAGGAGCAAGCAACACUUGUGGCAUGAGUCAGACUCCUUUACAGAGAAUGCACCCUGCCGACCUCUCAGGCGCCGGCGGAAAGUCAAACGUGUGACAUCGGAGGUGGCUGCCAGUCUCCAGCAAAAGCUCAGGGUGUCAGAGUGGAACUGUGAGAGGGGCUGCAGGUUCAAGUCAGCCAAGAAACAGCGUCUUUCACGCUGGAAAGAGAAUGCCCCUUGGACAUCAUCCAGUCAUGGCCUUUGCGAGUCAGGAGAGAACAGGCCCUUCCUCAGCAAGGGGGGAAGGAAGGAGCGGAUGGAGUGUGAAGCCGAUGAUCAGAAACAGGGUUCAGAUGAAAACAUGUCGGAAUGUGAAACCAGCAGUGUUUGCAGCAGCAGUGAUACUGGCCUGUUUACCAAUGAUGAAGGCCGCCAAGGAGAUGAUGAGCAAAGUGAUUGGUUUUAUGAAGGGGAGUGUGUUCCAGGAUUCACUGUCCCCAACCUUCUUCCCAAGUGGGGAGCUGAUCACCGAUCUGAAGUGGAGAGGAUUGACUCAGGCCUGGACAAGCUCUCUGUUUCCACCUUCCUUUUGCCCUCACAGCCAGCUCAGAGAGGAUUUCAUGCUCGCCUGAAUCGCCUUCCAGGAGCUGCCGCCCGUUGUCUCCGUAAAGGUCGAAGGAGGCUGGUUGGCAAGGAGACCUCCAUGAGCACUCUGGGCACCGAGCGGCUGGGUCAUAUUGUUAAUGAUCCGCGCCAGAAAGAUUUUUGGUUACCAUCCAUGGGGAAGAGAGAUCGCAACCAGUUCAAUCCAUUAUCUCCUCUGUACUCUCUGGAUGUGCUUGCUGAUGCUUCCCACCGAAGAUGCUCACCAGCACACUGCACUGCCAGGCAAGCAAGUGUCCACCUGGGACCACCAUGUUCAAGGGACAUCAAGAGGAAGCGAAAGCCAGCUGCAGCCUCCAUGUCUAGCCCAACAUCAGCAACUUUAUCUGUCCACAUGGAUGCAGCAGAAUCAGAGCUACCAGCAACACCAUCCUUGAGAUCCCAGAACUCUGAGUGGACUGGGAAAACACCAGCAGCUGAGAAAUCUACUACUGCUGCCUCCAGUAACUUUUUUAAAAUGCCACCAGAGAAGAGCCCUGGAUACAGCUAAAAGGAAGCAUUGCAACUGUAAAGGCUUGCUCGAUUUUGGAAGUGUUUUAUUCUGGUGUUUGUCUGCACCAAACAUCUUGUUUGGCAGUAGUGGUAUCUUCCGUAUUGGUGCGUGAAUCGUGCCAUCAUCCAGGCUGGUCUGUGUGCCUCACACACCUAAAUCAUGUUUGUGAAUCUAUGUUUAAGAAAAGGUAAUCAGUGUUGGGACUGCAGUGGCUUUUAGAAAUUUUCCUGCUAUCACUGUAUUUAUUAUGAAUCCAUCUCUUUCCCUGAUUCCAGCUCAUAUGUAAUGGGUCAUGUACAGGUUCUUUUGGGUUUUCAAAUCUUUAUUCACCCCCUGGACGUGUUGCUUGUUUGUGUAUUUGGCAUUUUCAGGGUGAAAGUCCUGCUGCCAUUCAGGAAGGCAGGAAUCUCCAUCUGCUUGCUUCCAGACCAGAAGGAUUUCUUGCCUGGGGAAUGAGGAGGGAAUACUGACACAUUAAAACAUGGAACCUGAAUCCUGUAUUAGCAGAAUGUUUUCUGGCCAUGUGCUAACAGACUCAGAUCAUGUUGUUUUUGGCAAAGCAAAUAUGGUGCUUGUCCAUGUAGAAAUUGCCAUUAGCUCACUGGCAGCCUUGUCCAUUCGACCUUUUCCUUCUCCCUUGUUAUGAAUGUCUUCAGUCUUUAUUGUGUAUUGCAUGUUCAUUCCUAAACCUCCUACUGGAUAAGGAUUUGGGAGAAUUACUUGGACGUAAAUGUGUGAGCUGGUGUCCUGGAUAGAAAUCCGGAGUCUUGAAUAUUAUUGCAGUAUGGUAGAAGAGUAUACAAAACAUCCAUAUCUCAGUGUAUAAAUUUAAAAAUGUCUUUUAGCGUUUCUAAA